UUAAGAAUACAUUCAUUAAAUGUUUAUUCGAAAUGGUGUGCAGAGUAUAAUGUUGCUCACCUAUUUCAUUAGGAAUUUGCAAAAGGCGGCGGAAAGAAAAGAGAGCGUGAGGCCAGUGAAGCCGGAGAGUCGACUCCUAAACCAUCUAAGAAGCUGAUGAAAUCUGAAGAGAAGCCCCAGAAGACAGAACCGCCUCCCCAAGACACCUUCAAGCCCUUCGACUACAGUCAGUCAGACCUCAAAGUCUUUGCUGGCACUAAAGUAAAGGACAACACACAGUUUGAUCCAAACCGGCAAUCCCAUGACAACAAGAAGAAGAGAACUCCCAAGGGACAAAAAUCCAAUUUUGCAGCUGGAAACCGCAGCAUGUCGUACAUGGCUGGAAAAUCCGAUCGAGGAUUCCGGCACAACUGGCCCAAAAGAUAAACUGUCUCUGAUGCUAUUUUCUAUCUAACAUGUAUUUUAAAACUGCCUUUUUUUUCCUCCUGCAGAAACAAUGUUCCAGUUUUUUUAUUCUUGCAAGUGAAAUUCAGUAUUUCAAUAUUUAAUGGAUUUCAAAGUGUAUUUUCUUCCAUCUGUGGAACAGUGUACCCUGUAAAUAUGUGGAAGCACAGACCUCCUUAUUAAAGAUGAUUUUAGAGGAAAC